AUGGAGACGCCUGAUGAGGGAUGUAGAGCUCCUCUGCAACCCUCUACGUCCCUUCAGUCUCGAUACGAAGUCCUUCUCCCAAUGCGCCUCUCAUUCGUAGCCGUCUGGCUAUCCUCAGCCACGGCUCUAGCCGCCGCCGCCGUGGACUGGAAAACCGUCAAGUGCCAAGGUACGGUCAUUGAUGCAAAGGCCUUGCCUGACAAGAGAUGGGAGGCAGCCGGCGCCACUGAGGCCCUCAACGAGGUACUCAAGGCCUGGAAGGAGUACGACUCUGGCCCGAACGAGGUCAAGUUCGAGUUUAGCCAGUUCGCGUCGUGGUAUCUCGGCGGCCCGGAGAUGUGGCGAUGCACGCAGCUGCUUGACGUGCCUUGCUCAACGUCUUUGACGUGCGAGGAUACCAAGUACCCCGCUGGCCAUCUGAUUCUCAACUCCUUCUCCAAGAUGCACCAAUUCCACCGUCGGUACUUCGAGGCUCUCGACCAGGCACAGAUGGACAUUCAGUCCGAGAUGGGUCUCUUUGCCGAGAAAUUCUCUGUCCCUCUUGCAGAGAGCGACUCUUCGGCGAGAAUGCAGAGAAUUAUGCUCAACGUCAUCUACGGAGUCGUUGGUAUUGCGCAAGCUUACACCAACAACAUCUUUGUGUACUCGGCCCUGUUCCAGAGUUUCCUCACUCAGACAAUGCGAUCUCAAAUCACCACAACCAGCAGUUACACAAUCUUCACCAGUUGGGCUAUUGGAAAGGAUUUCCUCCUUCCAGGUGCUUCACCCAAGCCUGCCUAUGGAACAUUGUCUGCUAUGAUGGGCGACGUGUUCGACAGCUGGAAGGCAGCUGAGGUCGAGUACCUCAAGAGAAUUUUUACUCCCAGAGAUGACGCUACGAUCAAGUUCUUGACUGCCGCGCUGGACAACGGCCUCAUGUCUGCCACCCCCGACGACAUUGACUUCAGGGAGAUGUCCAAGGUGAUCAAGAAGCUCUUCUACCCCAAUCUCAUGCUUGCUGCCUGGGAGACUGUUCCCUCGGCUCGGAGACCCUUCGUCCUGUAUGUUGCCCACUCUCUAGCGCACCUCAACGAGCCGUUACUAACAUGCAGCACCAGCCAAACCGGUCUCCCCUGCAAGAUGAGCAAGACCGAGAGAGACGAUUCUCUCUGGCCAUUCUUGCCUGCCGACUCGCACGAGAGGGCUGCUGCCUGCUACAACGGCGCCCUUUUCUACCUUCUUGACAUCAGAAACGAGGGUGUGGAGUUGAGCAUCGGUCACCCCUCCAUCAGACCCAGUGAAAACAACCCCUUCUCUGCCCUCUUUGGUACGGACACCAUGGAUGGCAAGCAGUGGGGUGGUGUCACAAAGGAAGAUAUCGUCGCCGCUGUGUAUGGAGGCUGGGUCGAGGGCGGCCGGAUGAACAACAACUUCAACAUGAAUUACACCAACAUACAGCCUAGCGAGGGAUCCAGCUUGUGGUUUGGAAACGGCAUUCGCGUGCCUGGCUACGUCAAGAUGCCGCUCUGCAACAACAUUUACACCAUUGUUGGCAAUGUCGAGUUUGGCAAGCCAGAGGCCAACCCUUCCUGGCCUUGUGCUAGUCUUCCCGUCAUUAAGCCUUCUAGAUAA